AUGGAAGACACCCAAUUUACAAUUGAUUCAUUGAGGGAAUUGAAUAUCAAACUUGUAUCUGAUAUUGCUGAACUUAGAAAGGAGAAUGCCGAGAUUCCUGAACUUAGAAAGAAAUUUGCAAAAGUCGAGGCUGAGAAUGUGAAACUAAGGCAGGCUAUAGAAGAAAAUACAAAGCGCGAUGCUAAGGUUGAGGAACUAGAGCAAAAGAAUAUAGAGCUUGAGACCAGACUCGCUAUAUUAGAACAGGAAAAAAGUAUUUCUACGAAAGAUAUUUUGCACUCUCCAGUAAAUUCUAACGAUACUCCUAAACAGAUAGUGCCACAAUGUGAUGAGCCAGAGAUUCGUGAUUAUACCACUGAUAUCUCGAUAUCUGAUAUAACUGAUAAUAUUUUAAAUUCUAACGAUACUCAUGAACAGAUAGUCUCAUAUAAUGAGGAGUCUAACAUAUCUAGUCACGAAGUGACUGCCUCCGGCAAUUCCAAUACACAACAGAAAUUAGAGACCUCAACAUUUCCUAUCCCUGCGGAAACCAUAUUAUUGGAAGAGAAAGAAGAAAAUGAAUUUCUGGAUUCAAAGUAUAAGGAACAGGUUAGUAAAGAGAUAAUGGAGAGAAUUAGGGAGAAGAAACUUUGGGAUCAAGAGUUACUCUCAACUCUUGAGACUAAUACUCCUGAUAUUUCGCAUGAGCAAAGUUUAAUACAAGAAAAAUGCCAAGAAAUUUCUGUUACUAAAAAUCACGAAAAAUCUUCUGACGAAAUUUCAGAUAUGUCUAGUGAUAAAAUUUCUGAACAAAAUACUGAACUUAUAGAUUCCCCCGAUAAACCACUAACAAAUCUAAUCGUGGAACAAGAAUUAUAG